GGAAAGGUUACUAGUAGCACUAAACCGAUCCUAACAGUUCCUCCGUUUCUUCCUCCUCCUCCCUCUACACAAACAAAUGUCCGCAGAGAGAGCCAGAGAGCAUAUCAUCAUCAUCGUCAGCGUCAUCUGCAUCACGAGAGUUCUUAAACAUCCAUGCCCACCGAAGAAAUCGAAGAAGUACCUCCUUCACCCCUGACCACCAACGCCUCCGAAGACAAAGAAGAAGUCACUCUCCUCCAAGAUGGCCCCGACUUCUACAAACUCACGGCCCACACCGGCACGGCCCCCAGCGGCGCCACCGUCUACGAGGCCACCUUCAUGCCCGAAGAUACCUCCGUCUUCGAUCACGCCGGCCCCAACGACGUCUUCGUCGCCCUCCAGAUGGCCCACGACGCCGUCCAGCCCCACAAAUUCAACAACCUCGUCAUCGACGCCAUGAGGAACAAACGGUGUCGCCACACCAACAUUCUCCCCAUCAAGCACAUGUUCGAUUCCGGCGGCCGCGCCUGCGUCGUCAUGCCGCUCAAUGAAGUCCAGUCGCUCCGCUACAUCAUCGCCUCCACGCCCAUUUUCCGGCAGGGCUUUCCGGAGGAUUGUAUCGCAAUCGCGCUUCGCGAGACGAUUUACGGUCUCGGCCGUGUUCAUAAGUACAGCGCGCAUAAGAAAGUCACCACGGGCGAGAUUUUCUUUCAUCUGGAUGAUCAUCGAAUCAAGCUGGCCUAUGGGGGGUCAAGCUUUGAUCGAAACUGCGAGAUAGAAGCCACAUUGCAGGGGUCUAAUUCUACGCGGCUCCCCAUUUGGUCUGUUCACCAAUGGGGGGCCGCGCCCGAAGUUUAUGACUCGGGGCAUGACCCCACCAGGUAUAUCCGCAAGAGUGACAUUUGGCUUCUUGGCAUUUCUGCGUUGGAGUUGGCCUAUGGGGGAUUGGAGUUUGGUGAGCGUGAGGACUUGUUGCGGUUCAUUAAUUGGAUUAGGAUCGAGAAGAGAUUGCCUAAUAAAGGUGAGGAAAUAGAUUUUAGUUUAGUGAAAGAUGAGGCGGUAGAGAAAGAGAAAGAGAGAGAUUUGAGGAGAUAUAAGAAAGUGGAUAACUUGGACAAGAAGUUGAAGCAGACGGUGAGGAUUAUGAAGGUCCGGUACAUGAUUGCGAAGAUUCAGAAGAAGCAUUAUAAGAUCAAGGAGUACAAUGAAGAGAAGGAAAAGAAGAACAAGUGGAGGAAAGUCAAGAAUUAUCUUAAAAGAAAGGCGGAUAUGAUUCCAGUUCCAGAGAGCAUAAAAUCGGGGAUGAAGAAGGAAAAAGCAAAGAGUUAUCUUAAAAGAAAGGCGGAUAUGAUUCCACUUCCAGAGAGCAUAAAAUUGAGAAUGAAGAAGAAAAAAGAGAAGAAGCUGAAUUGCUUUACGAAAGAAUUUGGAAAAAUGGUGGCACUUUGUUUAGCUGAGGAUCCAGAUAUGAGACCUGAUUGUUGGGAUCUUGUGCAUCAUAAGUUCUUCAAGAAGUCCAGGACUGUCACAUACUUUGAGGAUGUUGUGGUCAAAAAAGCGAGAGAGCCGGUUUGGUAUUACUGAUGCUGCAUCAUCAUAUUGAUAAUUUCAAAGAAUUCAAUACCAAAAAUACUAUCUGGAGUGGACUGCACCAGAGAAGCUCGGCUCAUACAACACAGAGCUGCCUGAAUUCCCUUUCAGACCCCUUUCAAGUUGGGCCUGCAACAAUGAUUAUAAGAGCAUCAUUCAGAGAGUAUCCUGAGCCAAGACAGUCGCCUCAUGUUCACUCUUAGAUAAACAAAACACGUGAUGAUCCAGUAUAGACUGUGAGAAUAGUACACACCAUCUUAGGGAAGACCUGACCAUGAAACUUAGUCUCAACCCAGCUGCAUGAUAAUCUGGCCAUUUCCUGCUGCAUUACAAUCUGUCAUUACGUGUUGUUCCAACAACGAAGCAAAACAGCCUUAACGACAGAUAUCCUAAUAACAACAUUAUGAACGAAACUCACUUGUAUGAUGCUAAAGCUGUUUGCUGGACUGUAACCUGCAUAACCUGCGAAGCUAUUUGCCAGUAUGUACCCUGCAUAACCCGCGAAGCUAUCUGCCAGUAUGUAACCUGCAUAACGCAUAACCUAUCUAUUGUA